CGCAUGAACGGACCUGCGUCAUAUUAUUUCCUGUAGUCGUGGAACUCUUCGGAACUUAUACUAGCAAACUUUUUCUUUUCAACAUAAGGAAAAUUUCGUGACGCAUUUAGGUAUAUUUUAAACUUGUAUGUUUGUAAAUAUUGGUUUCUUUAACCUUUUUGUGAACGACUAUUUUCAAUUAGAUCAUUGUCUAUUCAACCCAACUGCGGUAAAACCUCAACUGUGUAUUAUAUUAGAUGUUAUUUAUUCAGGUCAAAAUUAGUUGCAUCAAACUUCACUCACUCUCACAGUUCACAGCCGCAGCCUGUGAAAAAAAAAAGAGUCACUUCUAAUUUUACCUUUGACUUAAAGCCAAAAGUUGGGCGUCAGUAGAGGAAAAGAAUUAGAAGUUUUGCCUUGAAUCCACUUUUCUUAUUAAUUUUACUUCUUCUGGAUACACUUUUUGGUAACACUUUUUAUUUACUAACUUUUGAGCUAGAUAGAAAAGACAUUAUUUAUUUAGACAAAAUAGCACCACUAAAUCUAAACUGGAAGUUUCAGUUGAAAAGAGUUGAACAUUCAUGACAGUUACUAAUACUCAUAUAGUAGGCCUAAAUUAUAAAUUAUACUAUAACUUAGUACUCCAUAACAGUAUAACUUGUAGUUUUGAUUAGGAGGCAGUAAUACCAAUAGUAUAAUAAGUAUGGUAGUAAGUAGACUUGACUUAUAUUUCCAUUAAUCAUUAAGGCAAGGCCUAGUUAUUAUUAAAUAUAGGCUAAUUCAAUACUGACAAUAGCCUGAAUGAUCAGUGAAUUAUUAUUUUUAAUUAUUAUCUUUGAAUGCAAGGAGUGGUAGAACAAAACAGCUCUGCUUGACCUGAUACAAUCAGUGAUUGUAUUAAAAAAAACAAAAUUGUAUAUUGCUAAGUAGCAAUAUGGUUUUUAAUCUACGAAGUGUCUACACGUCCGGCGCGCCUGACAAAUAGUGCGGGAGAUUUAUGUCUGGCGGGCAUGUCACUUGACCGCCGGACGACUGUUAAAGCGUUAUUAUUCCGGCAGAUCAUGUGACCAAGUGGUUGCCGUUAAAUUAUUGGAUUGCUUUUGAUAUUCCAAUAUUGUGUACAUAUAUUAGUCAGCCGAUCCGUAGAUAAUUAAUAAAUGCUGAACAUGUUAAUAUAAUCAAAUGCUCUGGGAUACAUAAACUGUUUGACUUUGAAUAUUAAACCAGUCGGCCUAAAUACUAACUAGUAGUAGGCCAACUAUCACUACUACCAUUACUAAUCUAUUUAUUCCGACUCUUCAAAGAAAAAAGUCCCAUAUCUCAGUUAAAUAUCUUGUAAAGCUCUACCUUGAAGCCUAAAUUUAAAAUACGAACCAAAUAAAAUAAAACCUAUGUCAAUAACGUUGUAUUUCAGGAUUAGUAUUUAGUAUUGCAUGAGAAGUAGGCUAAGCUACCACCAUAUCUGCCCUAUAUUAAGAUGUAGGGUUUAUCUCUUUGUAAACUAUCGGCCUCCUCGCCUUAAACGUAAUUAUUUAUCACCCCCAAUAUGACUUUGUUACAGCGGUCAUGUGACCUGGUCGCCGGACAAAAAGUGCGGGAGAUAUAAGUCCGGCCCGGCGCGCCGGAUGUGUAGACACUGCCUUUAAUCUAACUUUUUCAGGGGUAAACUAUUAACUAAUUACUAAUAAAGGAAGUUUUAAAAAUUAUUAUUAUUUCUUUCAAAAAAAGCUCUGCUAACAUCAUUUUACAUAUUUGAACGCAAUUGAAGAAAAAAAACACCAAAAAACUAACUAAUAAUAAUUACCUUUUAUAAAUAUUUCCAAGGUUUACCCGAUUCAAAAAGAAAAAAAUACUGUUUCAUUUUUGUAUCAACAAUAAUUCUAAUAUUGUUGCUAGGCCUAUAAUUAUAAGUGGCUCAAUAUAACAGGUUGUUUUGGCCAUAUUUAGCAUCAUGAAUCUACCAAGUAAUCCAAAUUUACAUAAAACACACUCACUGGGUCCGGAUUCUAGAUAAACUCCUAAAAUUGGCAGCUUACAGAUUUUCUAAUCAAUAGGCCUAAUGUUAAACAUUUGUAUAAUUCAUUACAACAAAUUGAAUGUUUAAAUCACUCAUAAUGCCAUGGAUACUACUUUUGUAAAUGCUAUGUUAACUGUGUUACUAUGUUAUGUCUCAUAUUUCAGGAUAACUGCUGGGUGAUGCCCAGGUUAGGACCAGAUCAAUGCUAGCCCGCAGGAGAAGGAAUAAUUCGGGCUCUGAUGGUCAGCAGCAGCAACAAAUAGCAUCCUCGAGUUAUCAGCAAGGACACAGCAGCCCAAGGCAACAAUCUCCACCACUUCCACCUUCUUCUCGUCCACAACAGCUAUUCACAGAUCCAGAUAUGACGUGCAGAGAUCGAUCAACAGAGUUUAUGUCUGUUGUAAAAUCGAUCCAGUCACGACAGGUAAGACAAUUUUUAGAUAUUUUAAAAUAAUUAAAAGAAACUCACCUAUGAUUUAACUUGACUCAUUAUUUUCCGGUAUUACUGUGAAUUGUUAGCUAAUUAAUAUCUGUAUAUAGCUAAUUAAUAUAUGUAUAUCUUUUCAGGGUAAUGGAGUGGUUCAAAAUCACAGAAACAGGGCCUUACAUGUCCGCAGCGAGUUCACCAAUAUUGCAAAGUAAAUAGUUUUUAAAGUUCAGUUUCUCUUUUGAAUAAUCAUAUAAUAUAUAACAAAUCUUGUUAUAGUCACACAGAAAUAAUCUUUUUUUUUGUUUAAUAAAUUUGAAAUUAUUCCACUGUAGGAUCUGUUACCUGUAUAAUAAAUUGAUUCUGAACUAGAAUUAGAUCAUGUAAAUGAUAAUAUUAUCAAUGCUGUAAAUUUAUUAUUACUUGUGUAUAUUGCUUUUAAAAACUUUCUGAAUAUUGUCUUAAUUUACAUAUUUCUAUUAUUUAGACGUAUAGGUAAAGACCUUGCCAACACAUUUGCCAAAUUAGAAAAGCUCACAAUAUGUAAGUUUUGGUGUUAUAUCUGUAUAUUUAAAGUUACAUAAUAACAGUGGAAUGUUAGCUGAAAUUUUAUCUAUAUUAAUUUUGUACUGUUCAUCUGAAUUUUUAAAAAUCUGUAUUACCAUAAUUGCAUUGGUUGCACCUGAAAUGUGUUUUUUUUUAAAAACUUCUUAUUAAUCAUUUGCCAUUAUCUACUUAUGCAGUGUGGGUUUUACAAAUUUAUAUAUAUUUUUUUUUUAAUUGCUUCCAGUGGCUAAACGAAAGGCAAUUUUUGAUGACAAGCCUUUGGAGAUUCAGGAGUUGACCUACAUCAUCAAACAAGAUAUCAACAGUCUGAAUGAUCAGAUCGCUCAGUUGCAGCAGGUGAGUAGUAUUUAGUCACAACUGCAGUAACUUAUCAUUGUCUUGUGGACUCAUUUCCAAUCCAAUGCAUUGCUUUCACGUAUCUAUAGGUCAUCAUAAUCUUUUACUUUGUUGAUUUUGACAUAUUUAACCUGCUGAGUUCUGUUUAUUUUCAUCAAGAGAAACCUUCAAAUCAUUGUUUUAAAAAAAUAUAUAUAUUGUUUGCAUUUUAAAAUCAAAAAAACUUUUUUUUUUCUUUAUGUAUCUUAAUAAAUUAUCUCUAAAAUUGAGUUUGUUUGUUUUUUAGACCAAAAUUUACUUCACAUCAGCUUUACCAUAGUUUUUAGAAUUUUAAAGAAAUAAUCAAAAAAUAUAAUGAAUAAAUAUUUUAGGCUUACAGUUUUAUUUUACUUGGUAUAGUAGCUUUUGCUUUCCUUUAAAUUUCAGUAACUGUGUUGAAUGAAAUUAUUAAAAAAUAUUAUCCAUUCCGCUGUUGACAUAUUAUAUAUUUAAAUAUUUUCAUAUAUACUUCGUAAAUUAAAUUGUGUUAUACUAAAAUUAAUUUACAAUAUUUCAGCUGGCCAAAUCACAGAGGUCACAAAAUGGCAAACACUUGCAAACACAUUCCAACACAGUUGUCGUUGCUUUACAGGUCAGCUGUAGUAAAUUUAGGAAAAUCUGCACAGAUGAACUUGUAUUAUAGAAUGAAAAUGUAUUUUGAUCAUAAGUUGUUAAUCUUAGCAAUACAAAAUUGGACGGAAACUGUUAAUAAAUAUUUUAACGCCUUAAAGGGUUAUGAUCUAUAUCAUUAUAUUUAUAUUGUUUAUAUAUUUUUUUACUAAAAUAUUGUGUUGCGUUGAUCAUAAAUUUUACUUUUGUAAUUUAAACUUUUGCAAUCUGUAAAUAGAAGAGUCAAUGAAUUGGUAAUAAUUUUUUAUUAAACCAUUAUGUUUAAAUAAAUUAUCUUUUUCUUUUUAUUGCACAGUCCAAAUUAGCGUCAAUGUCAAAUGACUUUAGACAAGUUCUUGAAGUCAGGACAGAAGUAAGUUUCAUUAUUUCGUUAUUAAUAAAGAAAGCAUGUGUUUAUCUUUAGAGGCUAAUAAUAAAGAGCUUAUGACUGGUUGUGCUAGAUGAUUAAGCAAGAAAAAAGAUCCACUGUCAUAGAGGGGUUCUUUGGAUACAUUCAACUUUUAAUUUUAAAUUCAUAUUACUAAUAUAAAAUUAUAAUGCAGAAAAUCUUUGAUUCAGUGCAACAUAGUUCAUUCAAUAAACUCUUUGCAUGCUGCUAAAUAGGCCACUACAGGGGAAAAAUGCAUUAAAAGUCUGGACAGAAGUUGUGUUUCAAUAUCUCAACUCUGUAGGGAACUGUGCAAAUAAAUAAUGAAAAUCUACUUAAUAGAAAGUAUCCGAUUGCAUCGGAAGAUAACUGUGGCCAACAUUGAAAACGGCAAUGACUACUAAAAAAAUCAGUAACUCAAACAAUUGAUGAAUUGUAAAUUUUUCAUUUUGAAAACAUUAAUUCACUUUUCAAAUCCAUUCCCGGUAUUUGGCUGAAUAUUUAAAUGAUUCUUGACUAGACUUUUCCAACUUAGUGCCCACAGGGGAUUCCCAAUCUAACAAACUCAAAGCUGCUGCCCCGUUUCUUCAGGGGUUGAAGGUGGAAUUUUGGGAGAUGCAAGGAAAAGAUUUUUCAAGUACAGGGGAGACAUUAGCUUUUUAGUUAUGAUAUAAAUUAUUAUUUAUUUUAAAACAUUUCUUCAUUAACAUUUUCCUUCAUAUAAGUCACAAAUAUAUUUUCUAAGCUCUACAAUUUUCUAUGUAUUUAAAUAAGAAAAUUAGAAGUCCAUUAAUUUCAAAUUUUAAAAUGCAUUGUUAGUAUUGAUGGGGUGUAAGGCUUAGGAAAACAAUAGUUGGUGCUGAGUAUAGCAAGCUUAGGAGGAAACACUGCUUAGAUUGUUCUUUGAAGAUUAUCAAAAAUGACUUAUGAAUAUUUAUUCACUUUUCUCAUGUUUAAAGUAAUUGUGCCUUUUAAUUUGUGUUCACUAAAGAGGGGAUUUAAACAUUUUCUUGAUUUCUUCUUAGAAUUUGAAACACCAAAAAUCAAGGAGAGAGCAGUUCUCAUCCACACCUGUAACAUCAUCCCUGCCCCCAUCAGCAUAUCAAGGACAUAUGAGUGAGUCAGUUGGGUUAUAGCAUUUAAAAAAAAGUUAUCUGGUUUCCUUAAGACAAAAACUGGUGCUCAGUUAAAUGAAUUACAUGUAUUUUAAAAAGUUUAUAUUCUCUGUAGCACUGCUCACAAUUGUAGUGGUUUUCUUUCACAUUUGUUUCAAAUCUUCCAAGUGGCAAACACAUGAAUAGUAUUUCAAUGGAACCCUUUCUUAAAAUAAAUUCACAUAUAUUAUUUGUUUCUUUUAAGUACCGGUACUUGAAGAAGGGUAUGAAAAAAUUCUUGUGCAAGACAAUCACAAAUUCACUAAAACUAGUUACACCUUAUCAACACCACAAAUUCACUAAAACUAGUUACACCUCUAUCAACACCAGAAAUUCACUAAAACUAGUUACACCUCUAUCAACACCACAAAGCUCACUAAAACUAGUUACACCUCUAUCAACACCACAAAUUCACUAAAACUAGUUACACCUCUAUCAACACCACAAAUUCACUAAAACUAGUUACACCUCUAUCAACACCACAAAGCUCACUAUCCACAAGAGAUGGACUUUUUUAAUUUAUUUUUUUAUUUUUAAAAAAGAAUGAUACUUUAACUAAUCACAGUGCUAUUUGCUUGUAAAACCCAGCUCUAAUAGGACACCAGCUAUUAAGGUUAAUGCAUUACUAAUGACACAUAAUUGUGCCACAGUUUUUAAUAAAAGCUGUGAAGUUGUUAUGGAAAUGAUUGACCACUUGUUCUAAUAAUAAUUAAAAGUUUUCUACUUACAUUUGGAUAAGGAGAAAAGAAUCAUCAUUGCAAAGAAAAUCACUGUAGUUCUUGUCAAAAAGUUGAUUGAAUUCCACCCCAACAAUUUAUAUUGACAAACUUGAAACAUGCUGUUUUUUUAAUAAUUUAUUUUAGAUGGCUCAGUUCUUCUACAAGAUGAUGCCAGCCACACAGGAAAUGGAGAUGUGGCUAUUGAUAUGUCAGGGGGGGCACGGGGAGGUCAACUCCAGAACCAGUUGCAGCUUAUUGAUGAACAAGUAAGUUUGGUUGAGACUUUCAAAAUAUCAUAACAGGAUAGUUCCAGGGCUUUUAAAAAUAGAAAAAUGUUUCAUUUGACUGAACUGUGUGGUGAAAUGACUUCUAUUGGAAGGUGUUGGUGGAUAACUUUCACAUGCAUUUAUCACUUACUCGUGGGCUUUGCAACACUUUUAGAAGUUAUAAAAGUUAAGGAUAUAAUAAUAAAUAAUAAAGUUCAUUUCAAAAACACGCUUCAUCCCCAAAGGCUCGAAGCGCGGUACAAAGUCAAAAAAAAAAAAAAAUCUAUAGUUUACCACAUUUAAAACAAACGCAACACGACAAAAACUAAUUACAAGCAUACAAUGGCAAAGUCUUUCUAGCCAUUUCAACCAUAAGCAACACAGCCAUUAUGCAUUAACUGGAAAAUAAUGUUGACAAUCAUCCCAGAAGGUGUUUGCGAAAUAGAUGUGUCUUUAAAUCGGUUUUAAAGGACUCCAGUGUCUGGUUGUUUCUGAGAUCGACAGGAAGGGCGUUCCAAAUUAGUGGACCAGCAAAUGCGAAAGUGCGCUUUCCGUAAGUCUCAAGGCAAACACGUGGUGUCGAGAGUUUGCCACUAUCGGAUGAGCGGAGCUCUCUAGUGGGUACAUAAGGCGUCAGCAGCUCUUUCAGAUAGUUAACACGAAAUAAUAAUGCCGAACCGAGUAUAUAUAUAUAUUUUUGUAUGCAUCGUUUCCAACAAUAUGAGAAUUCAUAGCCCAUAAAAUAGCUUAGCUCUACGUUUGCAUUUAAUUUAUUUCUAGAUUGUAUGGACAUUGGCCUAUCAUAAAGCCUAAGAUUCAUUAUAAUGGUUGAUUGCUUUGAAAAUAAAUUUUAUAUGAUCAGACCGUUUAAAACUUAACUUACCAGGGAAAUAAUCCCCAAUCCAGCUGCUAAGGGCUGUGAUUUCUUGCAUUACUGCUAUAUGGCUACCAGACUAUAUGUGAAAUGAUAAAAGAAAAAAGAAGUGAACAACUUUUCCAAUAGUCAUAGGUAGACAGGUCCCUUAAUCCCUUUCCAAUCCAACCACAAUGAAUUCAGAUGGAGGUAUUGGAGAGGGCAUGAGCUUGAAGACAAACAUCCAUUGUGCAGUUAACUUUAUUAGUCUUUACCAUAGUAGUCACAAGCAUGUCUGGAAAGUGUUGAUGUUAGGCAAUGGAUCUUCUCAUUUGUAAUUACACAAUGAAUUAUAAAAUAAGGCAUGUAUUAAUAUAGUAUGUCCCGACACGUUGCGUGAGAUAACAGAUAUCCAAACGGUACCUCACCAUCCUUAAGAUGGGAUGAAGUCUUUAGAUAACUAAAUCUCAAAAUGGCCAACGCGUGUCCCAGCUUGGAGACGGAUGGCCCACAUAUUGACAUUGCAAAACACGAUGAUCAUACUGAAUCAUCUCUUUAAAGGCAUGGUGUUAAAAAUGUAUCAAAAUAUAAGGAUUGAAAUGGAAUGCUUAAACAACUCACUCUGUUAGAUUUGCCGUCUUCAGUCUCACAAAGUAACGAAGUGGUCAUUAUGGUGCGAAGAUCUAGAUUUCUUAAUGAUAACAUGGUAUAUAAAGUAAUGGUUAUAUAAUUGGUCAUUGGCUGAUUUCAGUCUUUCAAUCCAGACCAAUGAAGUAAAUCUUUAGAAGCAUGAUCAAAAUUUUACACAAGUUAACUCACUCAUAGCAUAGGGGUGGGUAUUUUUACUGCACGGUUCAUGACACAGUUCAAUACUCUUGGGGGAUUGUUGACAAAAUUAAGAGGAUGAAUGAAACCAGGGGGAAUAACUCAUACUAAACAAUAAGAAAAAAGUGAAUGGGUGUUCUAGCAAGGUGUUCUUAAUGUAUCACUGUAUUGAAAUUUAAAAGAACCGACUAGAUUUCAUCACAAACUGAAGUAUAAUCUGCUAAUCUUGCUUGUUUCAGGAUGCUUACAUUCAGAGUAGGGCUGAGACGAUGCAAAACAUUGAGUCAACCAUAGUGGAACUCGGAAGUAUAUUUCAGCAGCUUGCGCACAUGGUUAAAGAGCAGGAAGAAAUUGUUGGAAGGUGAGCUUUUUUUGUGUUUUACUGUGUUUUUUUUUAAAGGAUAAAUGACAACAUAAAUGAUUCAAACCCAGUCACUCCAGGGGGCCUGGACCCUUUCCAUCUUGUAAACACACUUGAAAUAAUGUGUCUAAAUUAAGCAACAGCUUGUGGAAUUAUCAUUUAAAGAAAUUAUUACAUAGGUUAUAGUAUUCCAUCAAAAAUUUUUUUUCUCUUAAAUUAUGUAAACAAAUAUUGCAAUACCAAUGCUCUAAACCAGUGAGGGGAAAUUUUUGGGCUGUAGCGGGGGCCAAGAGUUGAUUUAAUAUUUCACUAAAACUAGUUGGUGUGGAGUUUUACCGAGAAAUUAGAUAAAUUUACGUUUUUCAUGAGUUUUCAUCUGAUGAGGAUUAUACACAUUUUUCUCACAUACCAUUUUUAUAGGAUUGAUCAGAAUGUAGAUGAAGCAAGCCAGAACAUUGAGGCGGCCCAUUCAGAGAUUCUCAAGUAUUUCCAGUCUGUGACAUCAAAUCGUUGGCUAAUGAUCAAGAUUUUUGGUGUACUGAUGGUUUUCUUUAUUAUAUUUAUAGUCUUCAUGGCAUAGGAGUUUUGAUUCUGGUUUACAAUGGCAGGUCUGAACCGUUGGACCUCAGGAUUUUUACAAAUAUAUAUAUUUUUUUCUAAAUUAAACAUCUUUGAAAUACUGUGAGCGAAACGUCGAGUGCUCACCCUGACAUGCUACGGGAAACCUUUAAUUCUGCUGAUGUUCCUCAUUGUGGCAGGAAUGAAGCAUUAUGCAGUAGUGUGACUGUUUCUGUCACCAGAACCUGAACCCACUGGAUACUUGUUGUCAAAAAAACAAUUGACGUUUACUGCAUGUCAUAAUUGAUGUGCAUAUUUAAGUCCUGUUUUAAUCAUCUCACUGAUUAUAUAGUGGCUGUAUUUUUGAGCCCAUUUUGAUUGUAUCUUGUUUAUCCUUCCCAUAGUGCAAAGAACAAGAUAUUCAAAGCUGUAUUUUUUGCGCGCCCCCCCCCCCCAAUUUUACCAAAGUCUACCUGAUGUAAGGGUCUAAAACAUACAAUUGAUUUCUAACCCCAUAUUUACAUAUUAAACUUUAGCUGGCCUUAUUGACCUUGAAUGACUCUGAAAACAGUUCUAACUUCUUGAUGACCUGAUGUAUUAAACUGAUAUUUCACAGAAAAGCCUAAAUGACUUCAUACUAGUUUGCCAGAUUUACUUGGCUGGUAAAGUGUGUCACCAGUAUUUCAGGUCUUGUUUUUUUUCCAUCAUCAUCAUCUAUACGGUCAUUGUUCAAAUAAUGGGUGCAGGGACCAUGCUCUAGGCUUUAUUUUCUGGUAAAAGGCAUCAUUUUCUUAGCUAUCUCUUUGUGAGAAUUGUAUAAAUUUUGACAACCCUAUUGUCUGUUAUAUAAUACAUAAAAAAAAUAAUGCCAACUGUCAAGGAAUUUAAAGAAAAAAAAUUUGCUGAAUAAUUUGUAGACAAAAUUUACUCUUUUUUUUUGUAACCCUUCCCAUUCCCACACUUGAAUCAAAAAUUAUUUUUUUUUAAAGUUCUUAAAUGAGGCCAUACCACAUUGACAUACAUUUAUUAACAUUUUUAUUUAAUUUCACUGUGAUGCUUCUUGUUCAUUACCAUUUAAAAAAUGCACAAAUGGAAGUGGAUCAAAAGCAAUCUUUGGACAAUCUGAACGACAAUUGAAAUAUUUCAAAUACAUUUUUAUUUGCUGCUGUUCAGUCUCCUCUGUGAAGAAUAAAGACGAAGCAUUUUGCCAAUUAUCGUGAACUUAUUUGCAGUUGGCUCACUUGACAUAAAUUUGUCACUUAAAUUGAAACGUGGCAGACCAUAAUUAUGGCAAUCCUAUUAAAAUAUAAUAUUUGCACACAAUCAUUUGGUAUAUUAAUUCUCCUUGAUAAUCUGUUGUUUAUAAAUGUGAUUGUACAGCUUAUGAUCAUUCAGUACCAAUACAAUUUUCUGGAUUGCUAGAAUCACCAGGUGUUAUAUAUUUUUUCACAAAUAUCUGAACAAUUAGUUUGAGCUGUGUACCAUGUUGAAUUCCUUGCACAGUGACAUAAAUGAACAAUGCAAAGACACUAGAAGAAAAUUUCAAAGUGCUAUUGAAUGCAAACCCUGGCUUUGAUUAUCUCUAACAAGUCUUUGACAGAAGAUCCUGUAGAGAUGGGAUGCAAAGCUUCCACCCAUUUCUGAAAGAUGAAUCUGAUAAUUUGGUGCCAGUGUUGACACUAUGAUAUUCUCUUAUACUUAUUGUUGAUAUGAAAAUGUGGGAACAUUUCAAACAAAAACUCUGUAGAUAAAAAUGUGUGUUGAUUUGAUUUCAUUUGUAAAUAAACUAUAUGCAUGUAUUUAUUUGAUUAUGAUGUAAAUAACUGUGAAAAUGUCAAGAAAUAAAUUAUGAACACAAGCUUGCUUCAUUUUUUUGUAAUUGUUAUGAGCAAGUCUCUCACCCCCUACAAAAAUAACACAGCAUUUUAAAAUUGUUGGGGGGGGGGGAUUACAUCUAAUUUUUUUUAUAGAAUAUUAAGAGAACUGUAGAUCAUAGAAAAUUAACUUGUAACUAUAUACAGUGAAAAUCGUUUAACAUAAAACUGAGGGCACCGAAAUAUUUCUUCGUGUCAAAAGAAUUUCAUGUUGGAAACGAUGCAUACAAAAAUAUAUAUAUAUACUCGGUUCGGCAUUAUUAUUUCGUGUUAACCAAUUUUUCAUGUUAA